UGUGGAAAUCGAUCAUUUCACCAAAUUUCUUCUGUUCGUUUUUCGUACACCAAAACGCACCUGAACUGUCGAUCGUAUUUUUAAUUGUUUUGUCAAACGUAAAAUUUUAAAAAUGGCUCUAUAAACCAGUAUGUUCUUCAAGUCAACUGCAUUUACGGUAAAAUAUUAACGGUAGACAUUAAAGAAAAUUGAUUUUCCUCAAAAAAAAAGUUAAAAGUGUGACCGACUGUGACCUCGGCGACUUACCCUAUUUGUAAAAAUGGCGGCGCCCGUAUACAUUGAAGAAGAAUUAGGCAAAAAAUGGGAUAAAUGUUUAACGGACGGGUUCAUCAAAUUCGGCGGAGGUCUCCUCAUAGGAUCAGUAUUCUCCCUAUUAUUUUUCAAACGAAGGAGAUGGCCCAUAAUCAUGGGCGGCGGAUUCGGCGUCGGCAUGGCCUACUCCAACUGCGAAAAGGAACUCAACAACACCAUCAGAGGGUGCGAUCAGUGUUCAGCUAAACCAGACAAAAAGUAGUUUGUUCAAAUCCUUAACAAAUAAUCACGGAAAACACCUUUUCGAAAGACAGUGGGUUUAGUUCGUCCUAAAUUCAUUAGUAGUUUGUAAAUAUUUGUUACGCAAUAUUUUUAUUUUAAUUUAUAUACUUGGUUUUAAGCUGUUCAUUAUUUGUUAAUAUCGUAAUAUAAAGCGGGUAAGAAAGA